CCGAUGCGGUUGAUUACAGAAGCUGCGCGUGUAGCUAUAGACAAGUACGACGAGAAGUCGACAGACCUACGCGGCGAUUUCCUUGAGUACCUGCGGCAGAAGCAGCUCAAGAACCCCCAGACUAUGACAGACCGGGAGCUCAUCAACAACAUCCUCAUUUUUUUCGUCGGCGCCGUGAAUACCAACUCCGCUAGUCUCCGCGCCUGCUUCUACUACCUCGUUAAGACGCCCUACACCUAUGCGAAACUCGUGAUAGAGCUCCAAGACGCGGAUGCCAAAGGUCUGCUCUCUGAAACCCUGUCGUUUACCGAAGGUCAGAAACUACCCUACCUACAAGCCUGCAUCAAAGAAGCACUACGCAUGUACCCCAUCGUCGGCACGCCCUUCGACCGAGUCGUGCCCAAAGGCGGGGCUAUACUAAGCGGCCAUUUCAUACCUGAAGGCACUGUUGUUGGGAUUAGUGGGUGGGCGACGCAGCGGGAUAAGCAAGUAUUUGGGGAUGACGCUGAAUCUUACCGCCCAGAGCGAUGGCUGGAUGCAGAUGAAAAGCAGGUCAGGGUGAUGGAUCGGAGUACGUUGGCUUUUGGGCAGGGUACGAGGGGAUGUGUAGGGAAACAUGUUGCGAUGAUGGCGCUUACGAAAACGGUGGGUCAGAUCGUGCGCGUGUUUGAUAUGGAAUGGGCUGCGUCCAGGGAGGAGUGGGAAGUGACUUGUCGUCAGCACGUACGGCAGACUGGAGUUAUUAUGCGGUUGAAGCGGAGGGGGGUGUUACGGUAGUAGACCUAUGCGCCCACGCCAUAGAGGAAGCUGUCUUUUGUUCGAAAUACGUUCUUGAUUUUUAUGCGUUUCGUUUUGGGAGGUGAUAUUAUGUGUCUACAUUUCAUCGACUACGGCCUUCUCGAUACCCCAG